AAAUUUAUUGGAAAAUUACAAGAGACUAAUUAAAUUUUGUCGCCGGUAAUGGAGAAGCCAAAAUAUCGCAGGCAUCAUAAUGCCGCCGGAAGCGGCGGUGAGUCCCCCCGCUUUCUCCGGAGCAAGAGCGGAAGCAGAUCGGCGAGGUUUUCCCUUCACGAAACGCACUCCUUCACGUCUGGAUACUCCGUGACCCCCAGGAGUGAAGAAAUCGCUCCGGCGAAGAAAAUGAGGAAGAAGCAGGUGGUGAGCGACGGCGGCGGCGGAGAAUUGGACGGCGGUUUGGUUAGGUUUAUUCCACGCAGUAGGAACAAGAUAGAAGUGCCGAGGAGGACGCGAUCGGCUUCCACUUCUCCAUCCGCGUGGGCGCUGUCGCCGGGGAGAUCGUUGCCUUGUUCCUCUCCGGCGCCGUUGGCCGUUGCGCCGGUUCCGAAAUCUCCGGCGAGCUCCGGGAAGCUGACGAAGCGCGAACCGAAAGUCGGCGGCGGCGGGGGUGUGAGCAGCGUUUUGAAUUACUUCAGGCAGAAGAAAGUUUCACCAAUAGUGGAGGAAGAGUACAACCGUUACCGCGUGGCGUACAACACGUUGUUGCAGUGGAGAUUCGCCAAUGCUCGAGCUGAUUCGUCCAUGGCUGCCGUCAAACAAGUGGCUCAGAAAAAGCUGUUCAAUGGAUGGGUAAGAAUAUCUCUGGCGAAAAGCUUACUUAUGGAAAAGCGGAGUCUAAUUCAAAAGCUGAAACACGAAUUGAAGCUGUACCAGAUUAUAAGCUCAGAAAUUAAGUUGCUGAAUGAAUGGAGCAAAAUUGAGCCGAAAAACGUGGAAGCCGUUGGCAGAGUUGUACGAAAACUAUCAGCCGUUUCAGUUUGUCUCCCUCUUGUCCAUAAUGCCGAGGGAGAUACAAUGUCUGUAUACGACGCCGUUUCAACAGCCGUGGAAGUGAUGGACAACGUAAGAGCAAUGAUUCUUGACAUGCAUUUGCAGGUUGAGAAAACGUGUUACCUGCUAACGGAGCUGUCGGUUAUGCUGAAGCAGCAGAAGCAAUUCUUUGAAGAAUUAGAGAAACGGGUUACACUGGUUGCAUCUCUAGAGGCUCAAGAGAAAAGUUUGAGAGCACAUCAUUUUCAACUGGUCAACGAAAUAAAUGCAAUAGAAACAUAGGUUGAUUAAAUUACAUCUCUGAUACAACACAAAUGUAAAUGUUGUGUACGAAAAUCAUCAUAGGUUGAUUAAAUUACAUUUUAAACCACAUCAGCUCACUCUUUAAUUUCAUUUUCGUACGUCUAAAUGCAGCUGAAAUGCAAUAAUAGAUCCAAUUAUACAACUCUACAACAUUUGAAAAAAUAUUUAAUUACUCAAUCUAUAUAUACCAAUCCCCACAAUUUUAAACUCAUAAGAAACAACCCAAAAUU